AUGGCCACCGCCACAAAGCGCGCUUCCUCGCCGCAGUCCGACUCGUCUACCCUCUCGUGCAUCAAUGUCGCCGCGUCGUCGUCGGCUGCAUCGCCCGCCGCCAGCACGCCUCCCACCAGCCACGACGACGACGCCCAGAGCGACAAGUCCGAGGCGCAAAAGCCCGUCGCCAUGCAGCAUGAACCCGAGCCGCUCCGCCGCGUGAGCAGCAGGGCCCGCGCUAGCAUCCCCACCUACAACGACAAGGAGCUCGCUGGCACCCGCAUCCACACCCCAACCAAAUACACCGACGGCACCUAUAUCCGCAAAACCGGCAAGGGUCCCGUCGAGCUCAUCAACAAACCACCCGUCCCAUCUGCCUCGACCAGGAGGCCCGCCCACAAGAGGUUGAGCGCGUUGAGCUCCGAAUGGACCACCGAGCCCGAGCGCGCCGCCGACACCAACGCCAAUGACGAGCAACAACACAACCACAACGACGACAAUGAAGAUAACGAAGACGACGACGAUGAUUCCGAACGAAUUCCCCGGCGCCAGUCUAGGCGCGUCACCGGCGCCCCAACACUCACACGUUCCCUUUCAGAAAGGGCGCCGCGCAAUGCCAUACGCGGUCGCGAGACCGCACAAAUGAUCAGGCGCGCUCGGGAGGCAAUAAUGGGCAAGAAGGGGGCUCUUCGCUCUGGCGGAACGCUCGUGAGGAGCAAGUCCGAAGGGCCGGCGGCUAAGAGACGGAGGCUUACCGACUCUGCCCCGCCCACGCCAGAACCUCCGCGGGACACGGAGCUCAAGAAGCUGCUGUAUCGCGGCACGAGGAAGCCUUGGCUCAAUGCGGGCAAAUUUUACAACACUGGCCAGGACGAUGUUCUCGAGAGCAAAAUUACGGUGCCCAAGUCAAAAAGCAAGACUACCGAGGGCGAUGGCGCCUCCCGCCGGAAUGAAAUUUUGCCACUCCCCAUGUUCACAAUGGCGGAGAAGCUGGACCUGCACCCCAAGAAAAAGGUCUCGGAGGCGAAGAGGCCGUUUGAGCCAUUCCAGUUGCCAUUUGAUGUCUUUUGUCCUCUGCCUAGGGAAGCGAGGGUCAAGUGGAAGGAAUUGAGGAAGAACGAGUACAAGGGUGAGGAUGCCCAAGAACAGAAGAACCGCGCUAGAGAGGCAAGCAAGAAGGCGAAAGCCAUGGAAGCCUCGGUGUGUACCUGCACGGAAAGAUGCGACCGCGACGCGUGCUUUAAUUCCAGCUUGUUCUUCGAGUGUGACGACAGAAGUUGCAAGGUUGGCCCUCAUUGCGGCAAUCGGCAGUUUGCGGAGCUGCGGAAACGCCACAAGGACGACAGCCACGGCAAGUACUACAAAGCGUACAACGUUGGUGUCGAGAUCAUUGAAACAAAGGAUCGAGGCAACGGUGUUCGUGCCAUGCGUACGUUUGAAAAAGAUCAGAUUGUUGUUGAGUAUGUUGGCGAGAUUAUCACUCAGCAGGAAAGUGACAGGAGAAUGAGGGAGGAAUACAAGGACCACAAGUGCUUUUACCUGAUGAACUUUUAUGACAAGCUUAUUAUCGAUGGUUUUAGAGGCAACAUUGCCCGCUUUGUGAACCACUCCUGCGAGCCCAAUUGCCGCAUGGAAAAGUGGUAUGUCAACGGUGAGCAGCGCAUGGCGCUCUUCGCCAACAGGCCCGUAAUGACUGGCGAGGAACUCACCUGGCACUACAAUUUUGAGUCGUAUGGUCAAGAUCAACCCUGCUAUUGCGGAAGCGCCAACUGCGCUGGCGUGAUUGGUCGUCAGGUCAAGAACAAGGUCAACAACACUGCAGGAACCAAGCGAAAAUCGUCCGACGAUGCGGAGGACAGACCAGCAAACAAGAAGCAGAGGCUUAACAAUCUCGCCGCCACGGCCUCAUCGAAAACGAGGAACGUUCUUGCCAAGGCCAAGGAAGGCCUCAAAGAUCUUAUCGGCUCGAAGCCCACAUCCGUGGCGGAGAAGAAAGGCCGCGACGAAAGAGCGGCGAGGCGAUCGCUUGCUUCAACCGGCUCCAGGAAAACUAGGUCUUCUGGAAAGUUUUCGCCACCCGAACGCUCCGCCACGACCGUGCUGAAGCGCCUCCGGGAGCAGUCGAGGAAUUCUGGUUCGCCAGGCAAAGGCCGCAGCGCGCCGCGCAAGCAACUGACGUACGCCGAACAGCUCGUCAAGGUCACGGCGGAGGCGCUGGACCUUGCAACAGAUGAGUCUGAAGAAGACGAUUCGGAAGACGAGCACGAACAAGAACAGGACGAGAUUGAGGAGCCGUCAGCAUCCUCGACGCCCGCUACCGCUGCGCAGAGCAGCAAGAAAAGAGCAGAACGAACUCCAGCUUCGCCAAAGAGCAGCAGCAAGCAGACGCCCAGUAGCACGAGCAGCUCGAACAGGGCUGGUCGCCAGAACAGCAGCGCCGUUGCCAAGACAACGACGACGCCCGCGUCUGUCACCAAGUCCCUCAACCUGAAGCAGUCGACGCUGUCGUUUUUGCCGCUCGGCUUGGGGCUUAAUAAGAAUAAGGCAGCGGCGGCGACGACGGUGGCUAUGCAGAAGGUUGUAGAGACGGCGACGGGAGCAGACAAGAAGGGCAGGCUUUCUAGUGCUGCCGCGGCAGCAGCGAAGUCGAGAGCUUGA